CGAACAAUGACUGAAGAGCAAAACGAGAGUGAACCUCCACUUAACCCUCAGAAGACAGGAGAGACAGAAACUGUAACUGGGAAUAAACGACCACGGCCUGCUUCUGGUGCUGAUAAGCCAACUAAACCAAGGAAGAAGUAUGCAAAACGAGCUCCGGUUUGGGAGCAUUUUAUUCAAAGAGAAGAAGAUCUCAGUAAGAGCUACUGUAAGUACUGUAAAGCAGAGUUUGCUUGUGAUACAAAAAAAGUUGGAACUAGUCCGAUGAUAGGUCACAUAAAUAGAUGCAAGGAGUACAAGGAUUGGGUAGAACAUGAGAACCAGAAGAUUCUAAGUAGUGAUAACAAUGGAAAUAUGAAGCUGGUGAAGUAUGAUCCGGUCAUGUUUAGGAGAUCAGUUAAUGAGAUGGUAGUAGUCAAUGAGUUGCCAUUCUCAUUUGUAGAAUCUGAGGGUUGGAAGCGGUUCUGUAGCAAUGUCUUGCCUAUGUACAAGACAUUUUCUAGAAAGACAUGCAGUACAGACAUUGUUGCUAUGUAUUUGGAAGAGAAGGCAGCAUUGAAGCAGUUGUUUAGUGUUGAGAAACAAAGGGUUUCUCUGACAACAGAUAUAUGGACUUGUCCUACAACUUCCUACAACUACAUGGUGAUCACAGGUCAUUGGAUUAGCACAGAGUGGGAAUUACAGAAGAGAAACCUUAGUUUUAAGGUGAUCACAGACCAUAAAGGAGACACCAUUGCAGCCCAGUUGAUGGAUUGUUUGGAUGAUUGGGGAAUUGAGAAGGUCUAUGCUGUUACAGUUGAUAAUGCAAGGAACAAUGACAAAGCUUUGGAGGUUUUUAAGAAUCAGUUAAGGAUGAGAGGAGUAGACUCAUUAGUGAAUGAUGGUGAAUUUUUACACAUGCGUUGCUGUGCACAUAUCCUCAAUCUGAUUGUUGGACAUGGUUUGAAGAAGGCUAAUGCUCAUAUUGUUGCCAUUAUGAAUGCUGUUAAGUAUGUCCGGUCUUCCUUCAGCAGGCUGAAGACUUUUGCAUUGAAGUGUGAGACAAGUAAGUUGGCUAGAGGCAGCUUGCCUUUAGAUGUCAGCACACGCUGGAACUCAACAUAUCUGAUGUUGUCUUCUGCUUUGAAGUUGAGGGUGGCCUUUGAGAAGAUGGAGGCUGAGGACAAGUUGUACUGUGAUUAUUUCUUGGAAGAGGAGGAUAAGAUUAAGAGAGUUGGACCACCAACUUCUAUUGACUGGGAGAAGGUUGCAAGGUUAGUCAAAUUUCUGAAAGUCUUUUACAAGUGUACUUUGAUAUUCUCUGCUUCCAAGACUGUGACUUCAUGUUUGUGUUACUCUGAAAUUGUGGACAUUGAGAGGAGUCUGAUCACUAAGUGUAGCAGUACUGAUGAGGAGACCAAAAAGCAAGCUAAUGACAUGAGGGAUAAGUUUGACAAGUAUUGGGAUGGUUUGAGUAACAUGAAUCCUCUAGUCAUUGUGGCCAGUGUCUUUGAUCCUCGAAACAAGAUGAAGUUUGCUUCCCUUUGCUUUGACCAGCUGUAUGGUAAGGAUACCAUAGAGAGUAAGAAACUGCAUGCUUCAGUUUCAAGUGUAAUGGAAACACUGUAUGAUCAUUACAGUUUCAAGCCCACCAACUCAGAAAACAAUGAAGAUACUGAAGAUCAGACAGAGCAAACAGACUCUCAGCCGCAGCCUUGCACCUUUGAGCUAUCAGAUGAUGAAGAUGAUUGUGAGGGGAUGCUGUCAAUAUAUGAUAAGGUGGUUGGAUUGAAGAUUAAUGAAGUUAGCUACAAUGAGUUAAAGGUGUAUCUCACAGAAAAACCAGAGCCGAGAGUUGAAAAUCUGUUGGGGAUGCCUUAUGAUGUUCUCAGUUGGUGGAGACGUAAUUGCUCUAAGUUCAUUGUCUUGUCAGAAUUUGCUAGAGAUGUUCUAGCAAUUCAAGCUUCAUCAGUUGCUUCAGAGUCUGCUUUUAGUACAACUGGCAGGGUGUUGGAUCCUUAUAGGAGUUCUUUGACUCCUUACAUGGUAGAGGUUUUGCUAUGCACACAACAAUGGUUAAGGUGUACCUAUAAAAAAGAAGAUACAGUAGCAAACUUGGCCCAAAUGUUACAAGAAUUUGAAUUCUUUGAGUCUCUUGAUGCUCGGAAUUCAGCGGUAGAAGCUGCGCUUUUGUCCUUUUUGAUGCGGAAAAGCAGCCUUUUUAAUGUACUAACUGUGAAGCUGCUCUUUUGGUGCGGAUUAGCAUUUUUUGUGAAUCUACAACUGUCAUCUUCCCAAAUUACCGACUUCAUUUACAAUGGCUUCCAUCCUCCACUGACUAACAUAGCCAUCCAAGGAAUUACCACUGUCACACCCAAAGGUCUCAUGAAGCUAACCAACACAAGCACACAGAGAACAGGUCACGCCUUCUAUACCGAACCAAUCCGGUUCAAAUAUUCUCCUAACGGCACUGUCUCGUCUUUUUCCACUGCCUUUGUCUUCGCUAUUCACACUCAGAUCCCCAUUGCACACGGCAUGGCCUUUGUCAUCGCUCCUAACCCUCGCCUCCCAUUCGCCAGCCCCUUACAAUACCUCGGUCUCUUCAAUGUAACAAACAACGGUAACGAUAGGAACCACGUAUUUGCUGUCGAGUUAGACACGAUUAUGAAUAUCGAGUUCAAUGAUACGAACAAUAACCAUGUUGGAAUCGAUAUCAAUAGCUUGAACUCGGUGAAAAGCUCUCCUGCUGGGUACUGGGACGAGAAGGAUCAGUUUAAUAAUCUGACUUUGAUCAGUAGCAAACGGAUGCAGGUUUGGGUCGAUUACGAUGGUCGUAGCCAUCGAAUCAAUGUAACGAUGGCUCCCUUCAGCGAGAAUAAACCUAGAAAACCGCUUGUUUCUAUCGUCAGAGAUCUGUCUUCGGUUCUUUUGCAAGAAAUGUUCGUAGGGUUCUCGUCUGCGACCGGUAAUAUUGUGUCCGAAAUUUUUGUUCUUGGGUGGAGUUUCCGGGUGAACGGGAAAGCUCAGCCAUUGGCCUUAUCGAAACUUCCUAGAUUGCCGGUUUGGGAUCCAAAACCCACGAGAGUCUACAGAUUCUACAAGAACUGGGUGCCGUUGAUUUCCCUCUUGUUGAUUCCCCUCUUGCUUGUUAUCUUCCUCGUGCGCUUCAUCCUGAGGAGGAGGAGAAAGUUCGCAGAGGAGCUCGAAGAUUGGGAAACAGAGUUCGGGAAGAACCGACUAAGAUUUGUCGCCGUUGGACUUGCGUGGGAAUGGGAUGAUGUUGGGAAACCAUCACGGAUCUAGUGAGUCGGGCAUGUUUACCAGUGGAUCUUCAGUUGCUUAUUCUCUACUCUCCAGCGGGAGGUGAUUUUCGUAUAUCAUAACCUUUGUAGAAUGCAAUUAUCUGCAGAAUAUAGAGUUUGUACGUACGAGUUUAUUUUUAUUGAUGUUGCAUUCAAAGUGUGUGGUUAUCGAAGUCUAAUUAUGUAUCCACUUUUAAAUAUUUAGAGAUAUAUUUUCUUGUCUAAUAAAUUGUCCUAAUUAAU